CGAUUAAAACUCGCGCAAAUAAACCCCAAGUUUGGAUUCUUUUCUUUUUAAAACAUUAGAAACCAUGACAAGGGAACUGAGGUUUUCGAUGAGUACAUGGAAUCAUAUCAUCGAUGCCGCACAUGUCGGGUUACGUAUUUUGGCCAAUGGAUUUGCUGCAACUUCAGUUGUCACGAUGUUGACUAGCAAUCAAGAAAUCUAUAUGAUGGACAACAUAGCUAUUGCUAAAGCCCAUUAUAGUUAUUCUUCUGCGUUGAGGUACAAACUGAUAGCAGAUGCAGUAGGAUGCUUUUUCUCUCUAUUAUCCUCAGUUCUGGUUUAUAGGAAGACGAAGUGCUCUCAUACUGAACCCAAAACGUCUUUCUAUUUUAAUUUGCUUAUUGCUGACAUGGUGAUGAUGAUAUUGAUGAUCUCUGGAUGUGCGGCGGCAACCGGGGUUGGAUUCGUUGCACUAAAAGGGAUUGAAGAGCCGGGGAUUAGCUGGGCUCCGAUAUGUAAUCUGGCCGGAAAAUUCUGUUUGAUGGGCACCCUUUCCAUUGCAUUUUCUUAUGCUGCUUUCGCUUGCAUGACCGCCCUCACUUUCCUCUCAGCAUGGAAGCUCAAACUACUGGCAACACAUUAAAGGAUUAUAUAUUAUUUGGAUAUUAUGUUUAGUUUAAUUUAAAGCAGUAUAUAUACUCUAGGCCUUGAACGUUAUCACAUAUUAUCGAACUAAAUGGUGAAACAUCCGUUUCGAUUUAAUUGGUA